AUGAAAAACCAAAGAGAAAACUACUCAGAACUGAAUCUGGUUAAAGGGGCAAGGAGACAGCAAACGAAAGGUAAGGACACCAAGCUCCUUUCAGUCACUGAACAGGAAAUAACUGAUGUGGAAUUAAACCUUCAAAAUGCUUCUCAGUAUCUUCAGUGCAAUGACAAGAACGACCACUGCAAAGGUUUACCAUCACCUCCCGAGAAGCUCAUUGCGGGGAUCCUGGGAAUCAUCUGCGUUGUCUUGAUGUACAUUGUAGUAAAAAUUAUACUUUUUGGUCCCUUUUUAGAGCAGAACAAUUUCUCCCCAAUAACAAGGAUGCAGAAAGCAUAUCAUUGUGCUCGUUGUCCAGAGGAGUGGUUAACAUAUUCCAACAACUGCUAUUACAUUAGUACCGAACAAAAAACAUGGAAUGAGAGUUUGAUGGCCUGUGCUUCUAAGAAUUCUAACCUACUUUAUGUAGACAAUGAAGAAGAACUGAAAUUUCUGCAUUCCCUAUCACUUCUAUCAUGGAUUGGAGUCUCUCGUAACAGCAGUGAUCAUCCAUGGAUGUGGACGAGUGGCUCAACUUCCAAACUGAGGGUAACAGAAUCAUCAUCUGGUAAACAUAACUGCGCUAUACUACACUCAUCUGGCCUCACGGCAGAGAGUUGUGGAUCUCUAAAUAGAUAUAAUUGCAAACAUAAGCUUCAGAAUUGAAACAUCUGAAUUUGGAUUCUGUCGGGUAACAUUCUAUUUCAUAAAAUGGAAAUCAUAUUACCAUUGCAUAAGUCUUAAAAUAGAUUAUACUAUUCUAAUAAUGAAAAGUUUUUUCAAAAACAAUUAUUGAAAUAAACACACCAAAAAGUACA